AUGGAGCCAAGAAGCUGGAGGCUGAAGAAGAAGCUGGAGGCUGACCUUGUUCAAGUCCAGGGAGAGGUGGAUGAUACAGUCCAGGAGGCCAGAAAUGCAGAGGAGAAGGCCAAGAAGGCCAUCACUGAUGCUGCCAUGAUGGCUGAGGAACUGAAGAAGGAGCAGGACACUAGUGCUCACCUGGAGAGGAUGAAGAAGAACCUGGAGGUCACUGUCAAGGACCUGCAGCACCGUCUGGAUGAAGCUGAGAACCUGGCCAUGAAGGGUGGCAAGAAGCAGCUCCAGAAACUGGAGUCAAGGGUGCGUGAGCUGGAGUCUGAGGUUGAGGCUGAACAGAGACGUGGAGCUGAUGCCGUGAAAGGUGUCCGCAAAUAUGAAAGGAGAGUCAAGGAGCUCACCUACCAGACUGAGGAGGACAAGAAGAAUGUCACUAGACUGCAGGAUCUGGUGGACAAGCUGCAGCUGAAAGUGAAGGCCUACAAGAGACAGGCUGAGGAGGCUGAGGAGCAGGCCAACACUCACCUGUCCAGGUACAGGAAGGUGCAGCAUGAGUUUGAGGAGGCUCAGGAACGUGUUGACAUCGCUGAGUCCCAGGUCAACAAGCUGAGGGCCGUGAGUCGUGAUGCUGGAAAGGGUAAGGAUCACCAGGAAUAACAAGAGAUGUCUCUCCAACCAAGGAAUCAUAAAAUAUGAAUUCCCCAAUAAAGCAAAUGAAUAUAAAAUCUA